AUCUGCAGUGAAGUCCUGGUGUAAAGCACCUCUUGGAGAGAGUAAGUCUCUGAUGCUCACAUUUAUUCUGUCAUAUUGAGCAGAUACAUAGAUUAUCGUAGCCACUUCUGUGUAUUUAAAGCCACUCUGCUUUCCAAUGUAAACUUUAUCUUUCCAAACAUCGUCAAUGGGCGGCUCCCCAACAAGAAACUGACCGGAACCAGUCCUCUGAUAUGGGACCUUCCCGAUUGAGAUGAUUAUCUGCUGAAAUUCCUAAAAGCCUCAAAGUGCAGCUUGGGUUUGGCUUUUUGCGCCCCGUCGCCGCGGAUACAAUGGCAAUGAUUUCAGGGUUCAUCUUUCUGUGCAUGCUCCAAGCUGCAAUUCCUCAAGCUCUGACGCCUCGUGGACCCCGGCCCAUACCCGGACGAGGUGACAGUCCUGGACCAACUCAGCCUCCCAUCCCACCUACAGAUUGUCUGUCUGGUAUCGUGGACUGUCCUAUCAGAGUCUUUUUCACCAUCGACACCUCGGAGACCAUCGCCUUACAGGAAUCACCACCAGGGGAGCUUGUGAAAAAAAUUAAGGAGUUCACCAAGCUGUUUGCUCAGAAGUUGAAUGAUGAAGAGUAUAGGGGGCAAGUCAGGUUCACAUGGUCCCUAGGAGGUCAGAACUUCUCCCAGGAUCAGUUUAUCUUCAGCCAGUUCACAACAAAACAGAACUUCAUUAGAAACCUCGGCAGGGUUGUUUACAAGGGCAAAGGCACCUACACUGACUGUGCCAUCAAGAACAUGGUGCAACAGUUGACCCAGCAAAACCCAGGGACGAGGGACGUCCUCUUCUCUGUGUUCAUCACCGACGGUCAUGUGACAGGAAAUCCAUGUGGAGGGAUAAAGGCGAUGGCAGACAAAGCACAAGAACAAGGAAUCCAUACAUUCUCAGUGGCAGCGUCUAGAAUGAUUGAUGAAUUAGGCAUGAAGGAAAUAGCCAGCACUCCUGUUGAACUGUACCGGGAUGACUACAUAGCUGUGGAUAUUGUUGAGGAUCGAUCAAGAAUAAGGGUUGAAUCCAUCGAUCGUAUAAUAAUGGCCAUGAAAUAUCAAGCCUAUUUAAAAUGUUACAAGCCCAGGUGCUUUCAGACUCGUGGACGCCCUGGACCAAGUGGGCCUCAAGGUCAAAAAGGUCUAAAAGGAGGCAGAGGUCCAAACGGGCUAAAGGGUGACAGGGGUAACGAGGGUGAUCCUGGCAUUGAAGGUCCAAUCGGAAAACCCGGUCCUAAGGGUAUGAUCGGUUUUGACGGUGACAAGGGUGAAAUUGGAGGAACUGGAGCAAAGGGUUCUGCAGGAGGAGCUGGCAGGAAUGGAACUGAUGGUCGAAAGGGCCAAAUGGGUCGAAUUGGAGCUCCUGGUUGCAAAGGUGAUCCAGGUGACAAGGGACUAGAUGGAUACCCUGGAGAGGUUGGCGACACUGGACCUCGAGGUGACGAGGGAACAAAGGGUGACCCAAGCCCCCCUGGAAAGUCCGGUCCCCCUGGUGCUCCGGGUGAGAUAGGACCAAAGGGUGAAAGAGGAAAUCCUGGAAGUCCAGGGCCACUAGGAGCAAAAGGAAAUCCCGGGAGUCCUGGUGUUCCUGGGCGAAAAGGCGAACGGGGGAGGAGAGGAGACCCUGGAAGGAAGGGAGGACAAGGUCCAGAUGGGCUACAAGGAGAGAAGGGACAACGAGGAGCACCAGGAGGCAGAGGUCGGCCUGGGGAAGAUGGACUUAAAGGCACAAAGGGAGACCAAGGACUGCCUGGACCGAGGGGUCAUUCAGGAGAACCAGGGGGCCUUGGAGGAAAUGGCAAUGUGGGAGAUCCUGGAGAUCCUGGACCAGGGGGAGACACGGGGGCCCCAGGGCCAAAGGGUGAUGUAGGAAGACAAGGAUUCAACUAUCCUGGAGGAAGAGGACCCAGUGGAGAAAGAGGUAAUCCAGGCAGUAGAGGGCCUAGGGGAGGAAGAGGAGAAUGCGGUGCCAAAGGAGAACCUGGAGAUAAAGGACCUCCAGGACAGCCUGGGGAAGCAGGUCAGUCAGGUGAGCUAGGAGAGCGAGGACCCAGAGGCAACCCUGGACCUGAUGGGGACAAAGGGCCAGUGGGCGAUCCUGGCCUCACUGAAUGUGAUGUCAUGACGUAUGUCAGGGAGACGUGUGGUUGUUGUGACUGUGAGAAGCGCUGUGGAGCUCUGGACAUUGUUUUUGUAAUCGAUAGCUCAGAGAGUGUUGGGAUGACAAAUUUCACCUUGGAGAAGAACUUUGUUAUCAACACCAUCAACAGACUGGGAUCUAUGGCCAAUGACCCUACAUCCGUUACCGGUACAAGAGUCGGAGUUGUCCAAUUCAGUCACAACGGGACCUUUGAAGCAAUUCGUCUCGAUGACCCGAACAUAGACUCCAUGUCUGCCUUCAAAACGGCUGUAAAGAAUCUUCAGUGGAUUGCUGGAGGCACCUUCACGCCUUCUGCUCUGAAGUUUGCCUAUGAUCACCUCAUCAGGGACAGCAAGAGAGCCCAAGCCAGAGUAUCUGUAGUGGUGAUCACGGAUGGACGAUUUGACCCUCGAGACGACGAUGAUCUGCUCAAAUACCUUUGCAAUGACAACCAAGUGGUAGUGAACGCCAUCGGGGUUGGGGAUAUGUUUAAAAUAAAGCAGGAUGAUGAGAUCUUAGGGUCGAUAGCUUGUAACAAGAAGGAACGAGUUGAUAAUAUGGGCAGUUACGCUGAGUUGGUGGCAGAAAAGUUCAUAGAGAAGAUGGAGACAGUGCUGUGUCCUGAGCCGGAGAUUGUGUGCCCUGAUCUACCCUGUCAAAGUGAACCUGACGUAGCUCCCUGUGUUCAGCGGGCGGUGGAUUUGGUCAUCCUACUUGAUGGUUCAGAGCGCCUUGGGUUGGAGAACUUCCGGUACGUCCGUGCAUUUGUUGCAGAGGUGGCAGACAAGCUCGUUAUGGCCCAAACCAAGACUGACCGUAAGGGAGCCCGCUUGGCACUAUUACAGUUCGGCAAAGAGAACGAAUACCGCAUUGCCUUCCCUCUCACACAUGACCCUGCGAUCAUCGCGGGCGGCAUAGCCCGCCUGCCUUAUUUCGAUUCCUCCUCCAGUGUGGGGCCUGCUAUCUUACACGCCAUUGAUAACAUCCUGGGUAAAGGGACCGCCCGCCAGACGAGACGGCACGCAGAGAUUUCCUUCGUUUUCCUCACAGACGGCAUCACUGACAACAGGUACCUGGAGGAGGCCGUAAGCGCGAUGCGUGGAGCACAAGUCGUCUCCAUGGUGAUAGCCACAGGAAAUGAUGUUGACCAAAAAGUUCUGACAAAACUGGCGAUGGAUGACCAGGAUGCCAUCUUUAAAGGCAAAGACUUUUCAGGUCUGACCCGGUCCAGUUUGUUUGACCGUUUCAUCCAGUGGGUAUGCUGAAGAACAACAGCAUAGACGCUGACAUCAUAUCGGUGCUAAUACCGCUAGUCAGGAAUUUUGUGUAUGAGAUAGUGGUUAAUUAUGUUGCUUCUACAUACUGUACAAUUUGCUAAUCAAAUCACAGCAUCCACUUUAAUGCACUAGUCAGGAAAACUGUAUUCAGCUUGAAUCUUUUAUACAAAAAACAUCCUUUCAGUUGAGCGUUUGUAAACAACUAUUGAGCUUUACUGAUUUUGAUGAAUAAAUCUGUUAAGACACAGAA